AUGUUCUCCUCUUUACGAUCAAUAAUCAGCCUUGCAGUUUUGGCAAUCUUCUGUCAAAAUGUUGCACUUGCAUUCCCAGCAAUGCAUUACGAGACCUUUGAGAAGCGCUUGCUCAAUGAUACCAACUACGCCGGAAAUUCCACAAAGAUUCGAGGUGUUAAUUUGGGCGGUUGGUUCAUCAUUGAACAAUGGAUGAAGCCUUCAUUGUUUCAACAAGCUCAAGCUUUAUCAAAGAACAAUAUCACCGCUCAAGACCAAUGGACAUUCAUGACUGCCAUCAACAAUCAAACUGCAGCAAAGAAUCUCUUGACAAACCAUUGGAGUACUUGGAUCAAUGCAACUGAUUUCCAACAAAUCAAACAAUUGGGUUUAAACACUGUUCGUUUGCCCGUUCCUCAUUGGGCCUUCAACGCUUCAAGUGCAGAGCCUUACCUUGGCGGAGGAUUAGAAUUGCCUUAUAUCAAUCAAGCACUCUUGUGGGCCAAGCAGUACGGAUUGGAUGUCUUGCUCGAUCUUCACACCGCUCCAAACUCACAGAAUGGUGCCGAUCACUCUGGUCACAUUGGCCCAAUUCAAUUCCGCAACGUGUCAGGAACGGACAAUGCAAACCGGGUUUAUGACUCGCUCACAAAGAUGGUCAAGACUUAUGUCAAUGAUGCCAAAUACGGAGGAGUUGUCAAAGGUAUUGAAUUGUUGAACGAACCUCAAUGCGCAGUAUUGGGUGCAGAUUAUAUGACAAACAUCUACCAAACUGCAUACAACACGGUCAAGAACGCAAUCGCAAAGAAUGUCACAAGUCCUCCUUCCAUUGUCUUGCACGACUGCUGGAUUAGUCCAUUGUCCAACUGGCAACCUGCUGUUUCUCAAGGGGGAGGUUUGUACAACUUACCUUUCAUCUUGGAUACCCACAGAUACCACGUCUUUGCCCCAAGAAACAACAUGACCGCUCAACAACACAUUGACUUGUGCCACCAAGACGGAAGUGAGAUUUACAAUGCCACACAAGCUUUGCAAAGACCUAUUGUGACUGGCGAAUUCAGUUUGGGAGUCAGUUGCACUGACUGCAACUAUAGCACAAACCAACAAGUUGUCACUGCAAACAGACAAUUCUUUGAAACACAAACGACUGCAUACGAACGAGGUGCAGGAUGGAUCUUCUGGAGCUGGAAAGCUGAGAACAAUUUGCCUUGGUCAUACAAGGAUGCCGUUCAAGCACAAUGGAUUCCAACCGAUCCAACUGAAAAAUCUUAUGCCCUCUAAAAGACAUGAUACGAAUUCUUCCUUAUGACCAUGACUACUUUUACGACUUGAAAGAGUUUCUUAUUCUGACG